UUAAUGUUGACCGUAAUUAGUAUUUACAGAAAAUAAUGUUGGAUCUAAGCAGUAAAUCCCUUGGUUUGUGGGCAGGACUAGGCACAGCUGCUUUCCUAGGGUAUUGUAUAUACUUCGAUAACAGGCGCAGAUCCCACCCUGACUUUAGAAGGAAGCUCCGUGAGAAAAGGAAAGCUAAUUCCAAGGGUGCUAGCUCCAGCGGUCCUGCUCUUCCUGAUUUCGGGGAUCAAGAAGCUGUUCAAAGAUUCUUCCUUCAGGAGGUCCAGCUAGGAGAGGAACUCCUUGCUACAGGAGAUAUUCAGAACGGUGUUGAGCAUCUAUCCCUGGCUGUAGCUGUGUGCGGUCAGCCUCAUUCUCUUCUCUCAGUUCUACAGCAGACCCUUCCCCCGCAAAUAUAUCAUCUACUCCUACAGAAUUUAGAGGUUGCACAGCAGAGAGUGCGCGUGCAUGCUUCCAGUUCGUUAAUGUCCUCCUUGAUGCGUGGCCAGGGCGCCGAGGAGCGCGGGGCCAGCCUCGAGAUCGAGGACGUUGAGUAGGACGAGGCCAAAUAACCAACAUCUAUGUACACACAAAUUUCGAAAUAUUUUUAAACCUCAAGUUCGAUGUGUUUUUAGUCGGGUUUUUGUGAUAUUUACAACUCCACACUUAGUAGAUGUAAAACAGCCAGUCACCUAAAUAGUGUUUUAUAUUUUUCUGCGCUGUUUUUUGUAAAUAAGAGGGCUAUAGGCGCUGUUGCUCAUCUCUAAAUGUUUAACUUAAAGCAGUUUUCUUCUGUGCUUUUAAACCGGUCGGUAUGAGUUGCGGAUUUAAAAUGAUUUUUUCCCGCAUUUCAG